AUGAGCAGCCACAGCAUCAGUCUGUUUCUGAGAGAGAGCAGCCAGUACCUGGGUGGUGUGGGCUGUCUGCAGGGCCUGCAGGACAGUCUGCAGCAGAGAGCACUGCGCAUGCGUCUGUAUCCCAUGACCAGAGAGCAACUGUGGCGCUUUCUGAGCAGAAAUGCCUUCAUCUUGCUCACAGUCAGUGCUGUGAUCACUGGGCUCAGCCUGGCAUUCACCUUGCACCCAUACCAGCUCUCCUACCACCAGAUCAAGUACUUCUCUUUUCCUGGUGAGCUGCUCAUGAGGAUACUGCAGAUGCUGGUGCUCCCCCUCAUCGUCUCCAGCCUUGUCACAGGUAUGGCAUCCCUGGACAACAAGGCAACAGGGCGGAUGGGAAUGCGGGCAGCCGUGUACUACAUGGUGACCACAGUCAUUGUGGUUUUCAUUGGGAUCCUAAUGGUCGUGAUCAUCCACCCUGGGAAAAGCUCCAAGGAGGGGCUUCACUGUGAGGGCCGAAUUGAGACUGUCCCAACAGCUGAUGCUUUCAUGGACCUGGUCAGAAAUAUGUUUCCACCUAACCUUGUGGAGGCCUGCUUCAAACAGGUUUGGAGAAGCACAUGGUUUAAUCAAGGAGGGAUGGAGGGUGGAGGGAGCUUGCUUCCCAAGGAGAAGGGUGGAAGAAGGGCCUGA